AUGUCAGGCGCCAUCGUCGUAGUCGCGUACCCACGCACAGACAAAUCCACCUUCAACAAGGAUUACUACAUCUCCACACACAUCCCUCUCGUGGAGAAGACCUGGAAGCCCUUCGGUCUCAAAUCCUGGACUGUCGGCGAACUUACUGCAGACGGGCCGUACUCGUUCACCGUCGUCUUCGAAUUUGAGAGCCUCGAGGCGUUUGGCAAGGCCAUCCAGGACCCUGGAACGAAGGCUGUCAUGGAAGAUGUUGCAAACUUUAGUAGUGAGCAGCCAGUCCUCUUACGUGGUGGGGUUAUUGCACGGGGCUAG